AUGGUGGUGCAAACAAUCGAGGGAAUCGUCACAAAAGCAGGCGUCAUGGCUAAAACUGUCACUGUCGCUGUCGAGCGUCGCUUGAUACACCCAAAGCUGCUCAAGCCAUAUAUCCGCCACAAGAAGUACCUCGUUCACGAUGAAGAGAACUCGCUUUCCGUAGGAGACAAGAUUGUUGCCCAAGCAUGCAGGCCACUUUCAGCACGAAAGCACUUUACACUCUUCCACAAAGUCGGCACGCAAGCUCAGGCGGAAGCACGAAGAGCCAAAGCAGAAAGUUUCAUUUCGGCAGAGGAGAAGGAGAAGAUCCGCAUCGAACAGCUUGUUAAGGACGAACUCGCAAAGGGUGGAGGUGGAAGCGGCUCAAGGAAGGCAUGA